CAUGGAUAUAUCGGGGCUGAGAAAGGGUCCAACGGUCCUUGAUGAGCGGCGUGUGAUUGCGGGGCAAGUGGACAUGAUGAGGGGCAAAGUUUUCUUCCGUUCGAUUGCUUCGUUUUCAUUACUCGUUCUUUCCUGAGCUAUUCAUACCUAUCGCAUUGAAGAUGUCGUCACUCAAGAGAAGCCCUCCAUUCCGCGCCGAGCACGUUGGCUCAUUGCUCCGCCCCCAAGAGCUUGUGCAAAAACGCUACGAUGUUGCCUCUGGUAAAGCUAAGCCAGAGGAUCUCGUUCCUUUGGAGAACAAGUCUGUCGCGGAGGUCGUCAAGUUCCAGCAGGACUGCGGACUGAAGGUUGUGUCCAGCGGAGAGUACACUAGGCACAUGUUCUGGGGUACCUUUUUCGAAACACUUCAUGGCAUGAAGGAACUCCAGCUUGGCGUUUUGAAGGGCUACAACAAGGACAUGUUCCGCGCCUAUGCGCCGGACGUCAAGUCUUUCAUGGAAGCGAAGGAGGUGCCCAACCAUGUCACCGUCUGUGUCGACAAGAUCAAACACCCUGGCACUUCAAGCAACCAGCGUGAAGUGGACCUGAUGAAGAGCCUUUUACCCGAGAGCGAGUGGAAGAACAUCAAGAUUACUCUGAUCUCGCCAUCCUGGUACCACUUCCGUUACAUGAACGGGAGAGCAUACCCCAAGGAGGUCUAUGCGAAUGACGAGGAGUACUUUGAGGAUGUCGCAAAGGCAUACCAGGAGGAGCUUAAGAUUCUCCACUCGCAGGGUAUCAGGAACAUUCAGAUUGAUGACCCCAACCUCGCUUACUUCUGCUCCGAAGACAUGCUUGCGGGCUGGAAGGCUGACACAACAAACGAGAAAACUGCCGACGGGAUGUUUGAGGCCUAUGUCAAGUUCUACAACAAGUGUUUCGAACGUCCAGCAGACAUGCAUCUCGGCAUCCACUUGUGCCGCGGUAACUACGUAGGCAGCAGACACUUUUCUGAAGGUGCAUACGACAACAUUGCGAAGAAGAUGUUCCAGGACUUGAACGUCGACACAUACUAUUUGGAAUACGACACACCACGUGCCGGAGGAUUCGAGCCGCUAGCGCAUCUACCCAAGCACAAGAACGUCGUGCUUGGUGUAAUCACGUCAAAAUUCCCCAAGCUCGAGGACAAGGACGAAAUGAUCGCCAGGGUGAAUCAAGCCGCUGAUUGGAUUGCAAAGGGUACCGGCCAAUCGCGCGAGGACGCCAUUCAGCAAUGCUGUGUCAGUCCACAAUGCGGUUUCGCAUCACACGCGGAAGGCAAUUCGCUCGGUUACGAAGACAUGAGGAAGAAGCUGCAACUCGUCAGGAGCAUUGCCGAUGCCGUGUGGCCGGGCCAACCAUAGACGCGGGAAUAACUGAUAGGGGAGUUUUCGAGAAGGCGCAGGUACCGAGCGACAGAACGUAAGCCUUAACGCAUGCGACUAGAGCGAGCAUUGGAAGGUGUUGUGGAGUUAGCCGAAUGCCGAAUUCAACAUGGCGUUCGUACGGUGGGUGGAGUCGUAGUUGAGUCAGUUCACUCAGUGCCUCGUGGCGAAAAAGAAAAAGGCGGUUCCUGCGGCAGUGCAUCGCACCACGUGGUAUUCCGUCAUCGUUCUCGGCGAAGAAGUCGGCAAUCUACAGAAGC